AUGAAUAAUAUUUAAAUGUAAUAGUAUUAAAUUCAAUCAUUAGUAUAAAUGAUGUAAAUGUAAUAUCCCAUGAUGAAUAUGUACAAUCCUUGUUCUAUGUAAUUCCCGAAUUUAAUGCAAUUUAAUAUUUAAUAAAACUAAUCAAAUGAAUAAUAAACUUAAUAAUAAGGACUUCCUUUCGAAACUCCAUAUUAAUAUCCCAUGAUGAAUAUUCCAUUAAAUCCUAGUUUUUUACCCAUAAACAACAUUUAACAAAAAUACAUCAUGCAAAAUCAAUAAACUUAAUAACAAGGUGGAAAUGAUUAUAGCUUAUAAUAUAUGUAAAUGAUGUAAUAAAUGGCUAAGUAACAAUUGAAAAUUUGA